AUGGCUGAGGGUUUCACGAUGAAUAACCACUCUACUGAUGAAGUCAGGCCCAUUAAAGUAAUAUGCAUCGGCGCCGGGAUUUCAGGAAUUAUAUCAGCUAUUAGGUUGCCCGAAAAGAUCCCUAAUCUCGAGCUUCGCCUGUAUGAGAAAUCCGAAGACAUUGGAGGAACCUGGUUGGAUAAUCACUACCCUGGAAUUGCUUGUGACAUCCCGGCAGCAGCAUAUCAAUUGUCAUUUGAAAGCAACACACAGUGGAGCGCGUAUUUUGCCCCUGGCGGAGAAAUCAAGGCCUAUUGGGACAGGGUUUGUGCUAAGUGGGAUGUGUACCGCUAUGUGACCUUCAACACCCAGGUCACUGAAGCCCGUUGGAAUGAGGAAACAUGCAAAUGGACGGUGCAACUGAAAGAUGUCAAGACUGGCCAGACCACACAUGAUUCCGGUGAUAUCCUCAUUUCAGCUACAGGUAUUCUGAAUGCAUGGAAGUGGCCAGAUAUCCCGGGACUGUUCGAUUUCAAGGGACAUAUUGUUCACACGGCGAACUGGGAUCAUUCUUAUGAUUUAAAAGGAAAAAAGAUAGCUCUCGUCGGAGGCGGAUCAUCUGGUAUUCAGAUUCUUCCUGAAAUUCAGCCCAUUGUCGAACGUUGUGAUCAUUACAUGAGAGGGAAAACAUGGAUUGCUUAUCGUGUCCCGGGUAAAGAAUAUCCUGGGAUGAAUCCAGAAGAUCUUGAGAAUUUCAAACAUAGCGAGGAAGAGCUAGAAAAGUUUCGAAAUGACCCAAACGCAUAUUUGGAGUUCCGCUGUGCAGCUGAAGAUGCCCUUAACUCAGCUCCCGACUUCAUCUGGAAUGGCAGUGAGACCCAGAAGCAGGCAGAGGAGUUGUUUGAAAAGAUUAUGAAAAGUCGACUAGAGAAGAAACCAGAGGUUUAUGAGGCUCUGAAGCCAAGUUACCCUCCUGGAUGCCGGAGACUAACCCCCGGUCCGGGUUAUUUGAAAGCCAUUGUGGAAGAUAACGUCGACUUUAUCAGCUGUGGAAUAAAGGAGGUCACCGAGACUGGAGUAAUUGACAAUAAUGGAGCAUUGCGCGAAGUUGACGCCAUUAUUUGCGCAACUGGCUUUGACUAUUCCCUCAAACCACGCAUCCCAACUUACGGUCUAGGUGGAGUGACACUAGGGGAAGUCUGGGACCCUGUUCCAGAGGCGUAUCUAUCAAUGUGUCCUGCCAAGAUGCCCAACUAUUUCUUAUAUCUUGGGCCAAAUGGUGGACCAGGAACAGGUAGUACGAUUGUAUUCCUCGAAGCAGUCUCCAAUUACAUUUGCAAAGCUGUUGCGAAAAUUCAACGAGAAGGACUGUCCUUCAUGGUGCCCAAGCAACGAGCUAUUACUCAAUUCGGUCAAUACGUUGACAAAUAUAUGGAGAAUGUUGUUUACGGUCUAAAUUGUCGAUCAUGGUUUAAGAGAAAUGACGUUAAUAGCCGAGUUGUCUAUGUCUACCCUGGGGGAAGUAUGUCGGCGCUUUACGUGCUUCAAAACCCCCGCUGGGAAGACUUUGAUUAUGGCCAUACCGCGGAGACAAACAUCAAUAUGUGGGGAUGGUUAGGGAAUGGUACUACAAUGGCCCAGCGCGAUGGUAAAAGCACCUCAGAUUAUUUACGCAACGCCGAUAUCCCGCCAGUUCCCAAGAUGCAAAUCGAGAACGAGGAUAGCACAGAGGCAAGCGGAGUCGUUGCUAAGACUAAUGGCAUUAAGGAAGCGGAGGAGACCAACGACUUGAAUGGUGUGAAGUCUAAUGCCUCUGGUUUCAAGGAUAGACUCUCUAACAUUACGGCUUUGAUGGAUGUCAUUGGAAAUGCGUUUCUUUCCCUCAAGAACGAG